CUGGGAUUUCACAAUAACGGGUCUUACUGACAGCAGACUGCUGCUACCAGAGGAAGCCGGUCUGUACUAACAACCCUGUUUGUAGUGGAGGUCUGUCAGUUGUUUUUUGUUCGUGUGAGAAGGUUAAAAGGAGUCACAAACUAUCUCUCAACUGAUGUUUGCGUCUAAGUGAUGGUGUGAGGAUUGGGUGAAGGGAGACUCAUGCGCAAAAAUGCGAAUUAUUCUCCCUUUGCUGUGUGUUCUGUGCGCCACACCGGUCCACUGCAUUUUUGACGGAACCUGUCCCAGAAAAGACCCUCCCCCUGGUGUGUUGGUUUUAUCCCCGGGCAGUUCGUUGGUUUUGACCUGCAGCGGUCAUGUGGAGGUGGAUGGGGUAAAGGUCAGUGUGUCCAGCCAAGGCUCAAACACCAACAGAAGAAAUAGUUCUUCUGAUGCAACCCCAACAUCCACUGUAAACAUUGGAAGCAACACUGAAGUUUUGAUGAAAAGUUUCAAACACACUGUGGAGAAUUCUGUAAGUGAGGGAUACCACCCUGACCUGACUUAUGCAGGAGAAAACAGAAGCCUUGGGCGUACAGCUACAGGAUACACAGCUUCUCCCACCACUCACACGAACAGACUGCUAAAGGAUGAAUCCGACUGGGAGGCUAAUGGGAUGGAUGGCGACAGAGAUUACGAGGAGGAGGGGGAGGAAGGGAACAGAGUAACAAGGGGCACAAAGCCAAGGCUACAGUGGAAGUGGAACAGUAGGACAGUGGGGAAAGGAGACAGAGACUGGGGACAAAUCACAUUUGAGAGGAGAAGGGCGUCACUGUCUCUGCCCUCAGUAAGACUGACAGACUCUGGGAGGUACAGUUGUUAUCACAGAGGCAGAGAGAGGUUCUCCUUAAAAGUAAACAUUGCAGGUACCCCCGAGUUUCCCACCCUUUGCCUGCUAAAAAAGGGCCCUGGGAAGCCCGCUGCAGCUGCCGUACCAGGCUGUGAUACAGUAGGUCAGCAGGCUCUUGAUGGACGAGCAGUAGAAGGUCAGCAGCAGGUUGGAAUCCAGGUUGUAGUCCUCAGGAAGUGUAGUCACUGCUGGGAAGUCGACGAUGAUCUCAUUGGUUUUCUUGGUGUUCAGAGCCAGGCUGUUCUCCAAAAACCAAGCUGCCAAGUUCAGGACGUCAUCUCUCUAGUGGAUGGAGGACAGACACCAUCACCAUGGAGUUUUGGGACUGAUGCCACAACCUUCCCAGUAUACAUAGAAGGCUCUGGUACAGAUGAAGUAACUGAUGUUCCUCAACCUUCUCCAACUGGAGUGGCGGUGUCACAUUACAUCCUGUGGAUCUCCUGUGGUUCAUUUGUUCUCUUGUUGGCCAUUUUGGCUGCCUACAUAUUCAGACACAAGGACAGAGUUAUGUCUAAACUCCAGAGUUGGAGUGUCAUCACCCAGUGUGUUGACUCUACUUGGCCGCCAACCUCCAUCUCAACACUUCCAGAAGGGCAGACUCUGGUGACCUUUGCACCCGCUCAUUGCCAAGAACCCCCAUUGAGCAAAGUGGAAAAAGAGGAGGAAAGAAAUGAAGAACAGUGGGUGAAGGAGAGGAUAGAAGCCAUGCACUUUAACAACAAGUUAUUUCUUUAUCCUUAGGGAGUGAUGAGCAGGCAGGAGAGGGAAUAAAACUAUCCAAACCCAGUGUCACUGAUGACAAAAGGAUAAUGACUUAAGAUUGUUAUGGUUCUUCAUUGAGCUUCUGUUGAAAGCAGACUGAGGAAGAGCUUGUGUAGUCUGACUCGUUUUUAUCUCUAAAUAAUGCCUAAAAUACCUUUAUAUUGUUAUAUUUGUGUUUAGUCGUCUCUCCCGUGUCUGUGCCAUUGUAGUGUGUUGAUAAAGUGUAGGCAAGCUGUACACAUUAUAAGCCUAAGUAGCACCGCUUUUGUUUGUAUAGAAUUGUAUUGAGGUUUAUCAAAUAUAUCAUUUGCAUUUGCAUUUCAGUAUUCACAUAUUCUUUACAAGGUUUGAAAAAGAAUUGCCAAAGCUGAUGUCAAAACCAUUAGAAGAUCAUCUGUUUUCUCCGCUCUGUCUUGAAGGGGGGACCUCUGUGCUAAAAUAUAGUUUCUAGACCUCCAUUAUCUCAGUUUUGUGUUUACAUGUUGCAUCUAAGUUUAAUGAAAUCAAAUUGCCACUCA